UUUCAGCUGGAAAGCGGCUAUGGGCUGAACUUUUUUCAGACUUUGAAAUAGUUCAUAUAAUUUAAUAUUUGUAUGCAUAUUCUGUUUAUUUUCCAGUUAUCAUGACAGAAAAGAAAAUGUUUCUUUGCACUAAUUUGACAGAGUGCUUGGACUGAGUGCAAAAAAUUGAAUUUGACACUUGUGACAGCGUUUCAAAUAUUUGACAGAAGUGACAAAUCGAAUUUUUUGGGUUUUUUUGUUUAGUUAGUGCGACACAAACAAAGCUGUUCGGUAAUAGAAACUGCACAAUAAACAAAUUCUGCGAAGAAAUAUGAAAUUAUCUAAAAAUUAUCCUAUCCGAACUACCUAUUUACGCUAUUUCACAGUCCGAAAAAACUAUUUCACAAUCGCCGAUCGCCACAAUCGGAUAAUUAUUAUCCCGUCACAUUGAAAAUCAGCUCAUAUAGGUAAAUUCUUGUUCUUUUGAUGUGACUGGAGUUAGUAGAAGUGAUGUGAAAAUAAAAAAAUGUUAGUGUGUGUGCACAAUAGACUUGACAAUACAAGUGUGAACUUUCUUAUUAAAAUUCCCGCUCCCUGAAAACGCUAAAUUUAAACUUCAAAAUCACUUACACUUAAAUCCUUGCGUAAAUCAGAUAAGUUUGUUCAGUUUGAUCAGAGUGAAAGACUACUCCUAUUAUCAGUGAAAUAUCUAUGAUAAUAAAAGGCAGAGUAGAAUUAUCAAUGGAACUAUAGUUACCGAAAAUUAUACAGACAGGAUUUCAGUUUUCAUCAAGCAUUUUUCAGUGCCUUCAUUAUUUUGUCGCAAAUAUGAUUGCGUGACCCAUUUAUUAGUGCUCAAAACCAGAAAUGAAAGGCAACCUAAGAAAUUGGCAUAUGUGAAGCCCUAUGCGUUUCCGGGACAGGGGCUAUUGACGCUAUAGGCUGCACCUACAUAUAUUGCAAUAUUAAAACCCAAAGAAGAAGAACAUAAUUUAAUCAAUCCGUUAUCAUUCUCUAAAUUAACAAAUGACUAAUUUGUGAGCCAAAUUUAAAAAUACUCAAAACUAUUUCAAAUUAUGGUGGAUCGAUGAAUGUUACCAUCAUAUGCAGGAGCACAAACUAAUGUUGGAAGGUUAAUGGAACAUAUCCACAAUAUGGGAGGAACGAAUAGUUGGUUAAUAGGAUAUUCUGGAAACCGAUUGCAGCCUUUCUUGAUGAAACGGAUAAAAAAUCAACAACCAGAUGCUACAGUGGCAAGAUCAUGUAGUUUCCAGAAAUGGCAACAACUAAGGGGUCAAGGAAGAUGAGGUUUCAUUGUCUAUUAAAACUUAUUCUGGUACAAUCCAUUCUAGAUAAUAUCUGCUUCACAAGUUAUAGUUGAUGCAGCUAAUGUACCACUCCCACAAAAUGAACCAGAACCAAUAUAAUUCAGUCACUCAGCGUUUAAAACUGCCAUUCAUGUUCCACACUGUAUAUUUUAACAGGUGGAUGAGAAAGUGUUAUCAAAUUGGCCCACUACUUUAGUCAUCCAAAAGCUAGCCAAAAUUGGGGAGCUUCGAGUUUGAAUGAUGCAUAGUUUACUGGCAUCCAGAGCAGUGGAAUUAGAAACUGUUAAAAAUGGAAUGGUGCCAGCAAUGUAAACGGUUGUGCUCCAACAUCGACAACAAUUUGGAUGUAGGAGAGGAUGAUGACCUAGACAAACUCAUGCGGUACCACCGUUCAAAGCAGCUGAGGCAACAGAAGCUAGAAAUGUCUCACAACAUUGCAGACAACUGCAAGCUAAUUUGGGAGGCCCAAUCCGCCAUCCCCAUUCAUACGGUAUUAAUAAAGAGAGGGAUGGUGGGAGAGGCCCUUCCCACACCCUUUUUAAUGGCGGUGUGGGGUGUGGAGUUUGAGGCGGCUGUAGUCGGAGGAACUCUACAAAUUGUAAGCAUAAAAUAUUUGAAGCAGAUACCUAUACUAAUAUGUUUAUUAUUUUCAGACCAUCCUGAAUGCUCCGCCUCCAGGCUCCAACUGAAAAAAAAAAUGAAUAAAUAAUAAAAAAAUUAAAAUAAAUAAAAAAACCCGAUUUUUAUAAAUGUGUAUUAUUUUAUCUAGUCAUUCGCUCUGUUCCAACCGACACAAGAUCCGGUCCAGAGCCAAAAAUUUCCAGAUGUUCUCCUAUUUUUUCAUAAGUUGAACGUUUAUCUUUAACGACCAAAUUAAUUGAUUGACUGGAAAUUACCGUUCUAGAACGGAU